CUUUUUGAUAUCAUUUGAAAUCAAGAAAUGAAACUCAAAAUAUCAAAGUGAACAUUUGAAAUGAAAUUUUCCUUUGUUUUCAAGUCAAAAGGUUAACUCUACAAGCAACUUACAAGUUUAACUUCAAUAAACAUGAUUCGAUAAAUUAAUGGUUCAUCUGAAUGGUUUCAGGUGAAGAGUGAUCAACUGUCUCAACCUAAUCAUCUCGAUUGCCAUGCAUUAACCUUGUUUAAGUUUGAAGACUAUUGAAGACAUAAGCGAUGAACUCAUUGAAUUCACUGACAAAUGCAAGUGCCGAUGAUUCACUGGAUACUUUAACUUCAACUGUAACACUGAGUUCAUUUUCAGUUUCCGAUAUAAUUGGAGUUCCAACGGUCAAAACCAAUGACGGCGUCAUGCUGGUAAACCUUUUCAAGCGAUUCAAUGAGACACUUCAAGGAUUCACUUCUCGACCCAAAGUUGAACCUCCAACUGAUGAACACAUAACCGACAAUCUUGGCAUGAUUAUACCACUGGGAUUUGGCUUGUACAGUUUGAGUUUAAUCACCUUUUUUGGUAAUGCAAUGGUUGUUCAUGUAAUCAGGACUGAACGUAAACUGAGAACGGUUAGUAAUAUGUUUAUAUUGAGUUUGGCGAUUGCUGAUCUUAUUGUUGGAUUAAUUGUUAUGCCCAUCUCAUCGGCCUACGUUUUAACUGGUGACUGGAUAUUUGGUCUAUUUGUUUGUCAAUUUUGGUUAAUUAUUGAUUAUACCGCAUCAACUGCCUCGAUAUUUAAUCUAUUAAUUCUUAGCCUUGAUCGAUAUUGGUCAAUUAAAAGUCCACUUAAAUAUCUAUGUAAACGAACCAAGAAACGUGCUUUAGCAAUGAUUGUAAUUGUCUGGUUGUUGGCCGCUUGUUGGAUUGUACCAAUCAUUGGUUGGCAUCAUUGGUACAAUUAUGGUAAUCGUAAGCAUGAUGGUGCUGUAUGUGAGACUGAAUUUUCCGAUGAUGCCAUAUUCAAGGUGACAACAUCGGUAGUCAAUUUUUUAAUACCAAUGUCUUUAAUGGUAAUCCUUUAUUAUAAAAUUUACAAAGAGAUUAAAAGACGAGGUAAAUUUGAUAUCAUUGGCUCUGCGAGUAGCCAUGGUAAUGGACAUUCUGGUAAAGCAGCUGUUUUAACUGGUGCUGCCGGUAAAAGGAUUAAUCAAUCUGAUGGUUCAUUAUGUAACAAGGAGAUUGUUGAUUCGUCACCAACUACAAUUAGACCAAAAGGCUAUCGUAAAUCGUGGUCUACCAGUAAUGCUGGUAAAAGGACUCAAAAUAAAUGGUAUUCCAAUAGUGAUGAUCCAAGAGUAUUGCCUGUGUGUUGCUCAUCAACGUUAAAUUUACCUUCAACUGAUUGUUCUUCAUCUUUACUUCCUAACCCAUUGCUGAAAUCGUCAAACAUUAAUAUUGAGCGAUGUUCAUCAGAUGAUACCUUCACUCAAGAAGUUGUCAGUGAAGCUGAUGGCGAUCUUGAGUUACCAAUUGAAGUUGUUAGAGAUGGAAUUAUUGAUUAUGAUAAUGUUCAUCGGUACAAACAGUUGAUUGUACUUAAAGCUGGUAAUCGAGCUUAUUCUUUAGAGGAUUAUAAAGAUGUAGAUGUUCGUGUCGAGUAUAUUGAAUCUGGUUUGACUGAAUCUACGCUCACAACUCCCGGGGUAACAGGAAUGACAUCGACUUUAAAAGCUGAUUCUAGUGAUAACAAUUCUAGUCAACAAUUGUCCUCCAAAAUUAUGGUCAUGGAUGGAUUAAAAAAUAAAGCUAUAAAAUUUUGUCGUCGCAAAACUGGUAAAAGUUCACCUUCUUCAACAUCAUUACCUAAUGACCAUCAACUGUCUUGUCCCGUCUCGCUGGAAGGAUCAGAAUGUUCACCGUCCAAUGGUUUACCUUGUAAUAGCGAUAAAAAGAUGCAAAAAGGUUAUCCCAGUAAUAAAAAUUAUUGUCAAGCAAAAUGGCCGACUAACUGCCGAUCAAAGUUCCAGUCUUCUUUUUCUGGUGGGGACAGAUUUAUUCAUAACGAUUUAAGCCCUGGUCUAGCUCAUCGUAACAAGGCAGGAUCAAGUUUUAAUCAUCACCAUUCUCAUCCACAUCACCAUCAUCAUUAUCAGAAUCAUCUUCAUCAAUCAAAUCUAGAUCAUCAUGGAUCGUUUUCUUAUUUAUCUUCUUCAUCAAUACAAAGUCACAAAAAUGUAAUGAGAAGAGUUGAAUCAUCGCGACUUCGCCAAGAAAAGAAAGCUGCUCGUCAACUUGGUGUAAUUCUUGGGGCUUUCAUCAUCUGCUGGCUGCCAUAUGUUAUUGUUUUCAUUGUUACAGCUUACUGUUCAUGUAUUAAUCAUUUUGUUCACACUAUGGCUAUCUGGCUAGGUUAUUUUAAUUCAACAAUCAAUCCUUUCCUGUAUGCUCUAUGCAAUGAAAACUUUAAAUCGGCCUUCCGUAAAAUGCUAGCUCGAGGAGCCUCUAGUAAAGAUAAUUUCACGGUAAAUCAACAACAUGGAGCAAGCUUCAAAUAUUCACAGAAAUUUUUAAGUAAUAAUAUAAUCAUAGCAAUGUUAAGUUUUUUGCGUGCUUCAAGCAGAGCCAAUCUAUCGCCUUAUCAUGUGGUUAUUAGGACAUUGAUAACUACUGAAAAUAUAGUGGAAUCCGCUCCCGAAAAGAAGUUAUAUAAAAAAGAUCCACCGGUGUCAUCAAGUGAACCAUCAGAUUCAGCGUUACCAGCUUCAGGAAUGUCAACAUUUGGUGAACAAUUCCCUCAUUAUGAUAUUGUUAUUAAUGGAGGUGGAAUAGUCGGUCUCUCAUUUCUCCUUUACCUUCAACAAUCACCCUUUUUAUCUGAUCGAAAAAUUCUACUUCUAGAAAGUCAAAAAGAUCGGCCACCCGUAAAUCUAGGUGAACUCAUCAACCAAGAAAGGUUAUUAUCUAACCGUGUAUCAUCUUUAACCUUAGCCAGUAAACAAUUUUUUAACAACUUGGAUGUAUGGAGUAACUUAGAGCCUUAUGCCAAGCCAACCCGAUCUAUGCACGUUUGGUCAACCAAAUACUCUAAAGGAAUUACAUUCACUCCUCAUCGUAUUUCAUUUGUUGACAAUCUAAUAAAAGAUUCACGAUGUCAUAUUCCCGGAGAUGACAACCUUUGCUACAUAAUAGAAAAUGACAUCAUUCUAGCAGGACUUCGGAACAAAAUAAGAUCUGAUUGUAUCAGAUUCGACUCAAAAUUGACUAAUGUGGACGCGAUUCCUGGAGAUACAACUGUUGAGCUUACUCUUUCGGAUGAAUCAAAAAUUACGACAAAUCUUCUGAUUGGAUGUGAUGGUUACAACUCUUUUGUUCGCCAAUCCUCAGAUAUAAACUAUUUCGAUUUAGAUCUAAGUCAAUCAGCCAUUGUUGGUACUGUUCAAAUUUCAAAAGAAAGUGAUUUGGAUGAAAAUGAUGUAGCAUUUCAAAGAUUUGUUCCUCACAACAGAAACGUUUUAGCUCUGUUACCGCUAACUCAAAAUUUUGCUUCAUUUGUUUUAAGCGUACCAAGAAAUCAAGUUAAUGGGCUGAUGGAGCUGUCGGAUGAGGCUUUUGUUAACCUUUUGAAUGAGAAUCUCUUCCUAGAUGCAAAUGUUUCUAAAAAUCAAUCAAUGCUGAGUUUUGUUACUAAUACUUGUGACUCUCUUUUGGAAAAAAUUAUACCUUCGGACGCUGCAUCCUCACUUCCUAGAAUAAAUCCUCCUCAAGUUAUUUCAAUCGAACCCGAAUCUAGAGCAUCUUUCCCCCUUAAAUUCGGUACCACACUUCCAUGGAUGGUUGGAACAGUCAAAGGAGGUGAUAAACAGAAAUGCAUUUUAAUAGGAGAUUCUGCUCAUCGAGUUCACCCACUUGCUGGUCAAGGAUUGAAUUUGGGCUUAGGUGAUGCAGAGAUACUAGGACAAUAUUUAGACGAAGCCUUAUCAAAUGGUCAGGACAUUUUUUCGGAUAAUGAAACCAGCCAAGAACAAUUGAAUCAAGUAUUGUACAAUGUUGAGCGUCAACGUCAAUUCAAACUGAUUCCCAUGAUGACGGCCAUUCAUACGAUGCAAGAUCUUUUCACUUACCUGCCAUCAAAUGUAUUCACAGCUUUCAAUAAGCUGAACUUUGUAAAAAAUGAAAUAGUUAGAUUUGCCAAUUCUAGGUGAAAAUAUUAUAAACCUGUUAUACUCAUAAAUCUUAAUUUAUUAGAGCAAUUUUGACUUGUACAAAGCUUCCGAUUUAUGUCUUGAAUUGUGAUUUUAAUAGAAAUCUCUUAAUAAUCACAGAAGAGUUUAAAAUUGGAUUUGUUAUGCCCUGCCUUCAUAUACUUUCUUCACCUAUGUGAGUCUUGUGAAGAUUAAAGCCGGUUAAAAAUUAAACUUCUUAUUUCUAUGGAAAUCGUGUUUUCCAGUCCUGGAGCAACUUGAUUAGCUUUUAGCGACUUCCUGCGCACCAAUUUUCCAUUCACCCUUCCAGUUUAGAUUCUUUUUAGACUGUGUAGUGCUCUAAAAAUUCAACUCAAUUUAUAAACUACAAUGUUACCCAAUAAUAAAUUGUUUUCAUGUGUUA